AUGGAUGAGGUUAGACAUGGAGGUAGUAGUAGUUGUAGUAGUGAAGCGGAGCAGACUCAGUCCAGAGCUACGUUUGUUGAAACGGCGUCGUCUUCCUCUUCAUCAGGAUGGUGUCCCAGGGAGCUUGCUUUUGCUCCUUUUGUGCCGCAGCAACAAAAAGAAGAUAAACGAGUUAAUGCUGCUGGGAAAUCCUCAAAGUAUCGUGCACUUGUUAGGAAGCCUUUGGUGGCAAGAUUGACCAAGGAAAUAGUUGAAACAUAUCAAAUAUGCAAUCCACAGUUUAAAUAUUCCGAAGAUCUAAAUCCAAAGAGAUUUUUGACCAGUCCAUCUACUGGAGUGCUUAAUGAUGGCUAUGAUAAUCUAAACUCAGAUCUUAUUCUGACAGUGAAUUUGGUCUUGAUCCAUGUAGAGAAAAGUAGAAGAUAUACUGUCAAAGAUCUCCUUGGCCACGGGACAUUUGGACAAGUGGCCAAAUGCUGGGAUUCCGAUACCAACAGUUUUGUUGCUGUGAAGAUCAUUAAAAAUCAACCUGCGUAUUAUCAACAGGCGCUGGUUGAAGUAACUAUUUUAACAACGUUAAAUAAGAAGUACGAUCCUGAGGAUAAGCAUCACAUUGUUCGUAUAUUUGAUUAUUUUGUAUAUCAACGGCAUUUGUGCAUAUGCUUUGAAUUGCUGGACACAAACCUGUAUGAGCUUAUCAAAAUGAAUCAUUUUAGGGGAUUGUCACUUGGUAUUGUUCAGCUGUUCUCUAAGCAGAUUUUAUGUGGACUGGCUCUAUUAAAAGAUGUUGGCAUUAUUCAUUGUGAUCUGAAGCCAGAAAACAUCCUUUUAUGUGCGAGCAGUGCGAAUCAAACAUAA